UUUGGGUGUCGUGUUCUCAGCAUUCUUAGCGCAGUAGGUAGCGCGUCAGUCUCAUAAUCUGAAGGUCGUGCGUUCAAUCCUCACACCAGGCUUGGGUUUUGUUUUCAGAUUAUGCAGAAUUUGCCCUGUGUGGUGGUGCUGAUGGUGCUGCUUCAGACUGACAUUCUACCUACUGCACAGCUUGAACUCGGACUUUAAUCAGGGUGAAGGGAAUAAUGAAUCGCUCCAAAAUGGUUUAAGGGCUCUGCUUAAACUCUUAAGAUGAAGAGGAAUGUCUCUUUUCAGCAUUACACUCACUAUGUUUACAUGGACAGCAAUAAUCUAAUUAUUGACCUUAUUCUGAAUAAGACAAUAUUCUGAUUUAAGGUGUUUACAUGAGUCGCUUUUAGAAUAUUCCUUUCAUGUUCCAGUUUCACAUGUUAUAAAACAUAGAUCGAUUAACGCCACACGUCAUUAAGUCCCCACGCCAUCUGACGUUCCCUCCAGAAUUUCACGUUUCAGCAUACAGUUCAUCUUCAUUAUGGUACCAUAUGCUUUUUUGGGUGUUUCCUUUUUAAUUUAUGAAAGCUUCAAGUGCAGUUAAUUAUUUGUCAUGCUGUACCUGCAAAUAGAUGACUGCUUGAAGCCGUUUGCUGCGUCCUAAACUAGUUCCUUAACUACUAUAUAGUAACCGAGAUCCCUGUAUUUCGCCUGUGGUUUCGGAGGCAGCAGUGCUCUCAUGUUUGCCAUCAAACGGUUGAGCACUGCCGUGUAUACAUGUCCUGUCGCAAAAUGUAGUGAAAAAUCCCAAACGAUGUUAAUAGUGUGAUUAAUGUGUGUACAUGUCUGUAAUGUGCGUCGAUAAUGCGACUAAAACAGGAAUACUCCACAUGUAUUAAUUCAAUUUGUGUUUACUUCGAGUAUGACUUUAGUCGGCUUAAGGUAAUAAAAAAUUGCUGUUUACAUAUUAGUUUCUUAAUCAGAGUAUUGUCUUAAUCAGGUUAACAUUGGAUUAUUGUUGUCCAUGGAAACAUACUGAAUGACUCAAAGCAAACCUCCAGAUCAACAAAGGAAUGGCUUCAACAAAACAAGUUCAAGGUUUUGAAAUGUCCCAGCCAGAGUCCAGACCUAAAUCCAAUCAAAAAGUCUGUGGGGUGACUUGAAGAGGGCUGUGUAAAAGAGAUGCCUAUCCCAUUUGACAGUGUUAGAAUGCUUUUGCAAGGAUGAAAGUUAAGGCGUACCAUACUGAUUGACUCUUACCCAAAAAUAUUAAAUGCUGUGAUAAAAACUAAAGGUGCUUCAACUAAGUAUUAGUUUAGGGGUGUGUACACUUAUGCAACCAGAUUAUUGUAUUUUUUUUUCACUUUUCCCCCCUAAAAUGAUUAUUAUUGUUUUUCCCUUUAAUUAAUAGGUUACAAUUUUACAAUAAAGGUAGAAAAACUUCUGACAUGAUUUGUGUUGGUUUAAUAUUUUUUUUAUAUCACAAAUACCUGGCAUUUUUACAGGGGUGUUUAGACUUUUUAGAUCCACUGUACUUCUGUUUGCUAAUUACUCCUCAUAUCUAACACAUCAUGUCCCUUUCUGCUUUUCUGCAGUUCUCAUUUCUUACUCACUGUAUAUGUUUUUACUCUCAUACUUAUUUACUUACUCAUUACUUAUUCAUUUCUGUUGUUCAGCUUGGUCACCAGUAACCAGUCACACUUUGAUGGAUGCUAAUCUUUCCUAUAAUAUAUUGCAGAUGCUUGUUCCAUCUUGGAAAGGUGAAGCUUCUAAAUCAUUCUCUGUGAAAAUACAAGUAAUUAAGGAUUCUGAAACACGUCACGAGGCUCAGAUCUGUAAACUCGUCCUGGAGAAGCAAGAACUAGAGUGGCAGAAGGAGGCUUUACAAAAUCAAAUCAACAGGAUGACAAAAGAACAAUCAGAAUCCCUUGCUGUUGUUAAAAAGCAGUUUCAGGCUCAGAUUCGAGGAAUAGACGGAGAAAAGGGGAAACACCAACUGAGUGUUGAAUUAAAAGACAAAGAGAUCACCAGCCUGAAGGAAGAGUUGAAGUUACUGCAGUUGUUCAAGUACAGUUUGGAGAAGAAAUUAAGCGAGCUGGAGCAGAAGGUGCAGCUGCAGACUCAGGUGAAGGACAGCCAUCUGAAUCAGCUGGGAGAGGUGGAGAAGCGUUUCAGGACGAUAUCAAGACAAUGUGCUGUGGUCAGACAAGUGCAUGAGAAACUGGAGCAGAAUGUCGAGGAGGCAAUGCGGAUUAACAAGAAACUUGUUUCCAUGAACAAAAAAAAAGAAUCUACAAUUGCUGCACUGAAAAAGGAUGUGGAGAAGCUUAACAGUGAGCUGGUAAAAAGCAAAGUUGUGUCCAUCUGCAGAUCUGGAGACGAAAGUUCUUACCUGCUGAAAGACCAACAAAUGCAGGAGCUUAAGCAAAGGCUGAUUGUGGAGACAGAACUGAAUAAGAAGCUCAGAAAUGAAAUUGCUGUAGAAAGAGCAGAGAAGCAGGAGCUUAUGAGCUCCCUCCAGCAUGCCCAGUGGCUGCUGCAGACUCAGACGCAGACUGUGAGUCGAACCGAGCAACAGCUCCUCAUACACACAGAGGAGUAUCAGGUCCUUAAACGAGAACAUGAAAUGGUCCGAGAGAGGAGUAAAGAAAAAGAGGACAGACUUGUGCACUUGAUCGAUGACUACAAACAUUCCAAAAUCGCUCUUGAAAAAGAGAUGCGGACUCUGCAUGCAAAGAUGCAGGCAGAUCAGGAAGAGCUGAAAGCUGUUAAAAAGGCAUACGAUCACCUCCAUGAGAAACACCAACAACUGUCCUCUUGUAUGAUGCAUCAAGCAAGACCUAUUCAUGGCUUAGAGAAUGGCAGAAUUGACAUCCAAACAAAUUCUCCUACCAGCCUGAACUGUGAUAUGGAUCUGGAUAAGGAUAUAUCUUCAGAUGGAGAAGCCCGUCAAGCCAGUCCUCAAAAUAACUGUGAGCAAAUGAGACAUUGCAAAGAAGAUGAAGACAUUCCAGAUGAAAGGACUGCUGAGUGUCAAGAAGCGGUAAUAGGCAGAGAAAACGAUGAGGUUAAUGUUCGUUCUCAGAUGGAUCGAACAACUCUGGCACUUCCACCUACAGAAGGCCUUGUUGGUUUGGCUCCAGAUCAGUCAGAGACAAGUGAGAGAGUCAGUGGAACUGAUGUGACAAAUCAGCAGAUAGAUCCAGCUGUCAAACAAGAAGCUAGCGUCAGUGAAAGCGCACCAGUGCUUGGCUUGUUUGAUAAUGGUCACCCUUCAAACGCACUGCAAAGUUAUACAGAAAGCUGUCUCGCUAAGCUAUCAGAACCCCAAACCAGGUCUGUUUAUGGUGUGGCCAGUGACCCAGUGAUGUCUGAACCCAGGGUUACGCCAGGGGAGAAGAGUCUGUGUGUCUAUGAAAGACGAGAGCACCAGACACCAGAUAUACACACAUCCGAGACAUCUCAGGACAUUAACUUGAAAGGAGUUGAGCCUCAGACUCCAGCACCUGAGAAAAAUCAGGCACCAAGCGCCUCACCAAAUAGCGAUAGUGUUGUAGAAGAAGAUACAGAACCACCACAUGCACAUAACAAGAGUCCUACGAAGUACGGACAAUUAGGUGUACCCUAUUUAAACCCACAGCAACGAUUCAUUCCUCAUGAGUCAGACUCUUCUCGUGAAGGAUUCUCUUUAGUACCUCAUGCUGCCUCAAUUUCUGACACACCCUUUAGUGAACUACAAGAACUACAAGUAAGUCCUGAUCAACAGGAAGACAUAAACAACCAUAUCAGGGUCACUAAGGCGAAAUGUAUCCCAGAAGUGGAGUUGAAUGCCAUUUCCCAUCCUGCUGAAUCAUCCUCUCAAAGUACAGUGUUUAUUGCGGCUAAUAUAGCAGAAGCUCAAGAUGGAAAUAAAACAGAUGAUAUCUGUACUUCUGCUUUAUCUGCACAGAGCAGUGAGCAAAAUGUGGAAGCAUCUCCAUAUCCCCAGAUGUCACACCCACAGGAAAAUUCUGUGUUCCCUGAUACAAAACUUAGCGAACAGUCGAAUAAUAAAGAAAAGCAAAUGACUGGCAUAGAACCAGGUUACAGUGAUGAAAGCAAAAGCUAUGGAUCAUCUCUUGAGUUGGACGUGCCUUUGAAAGAAACAUUGGAUGCAAAAUUGAAUGGCUCACGAAGUGCUGCAUUGAGGCAAACGAACAAAUCCUCAGCACCCUCAAAAAUAUUCAUUUCUGAGCAGAAAUCUGUGCUGCCCUCUGGCUUCCAGGACCUUCUCAGAUCAUUACGUACCCCUGUUUUUCCAAAGUCCACACUAAGAAACCGAGGUGGACUUCUUGACAAGGCGAAUGUUUCAGACGUCCAUCCUUACCGAAAAAAUGAUCACUGCGGGGAAUGGAAUGCAAUAAAAGAGACGUUUUCUGAAAUCUCUACUGAAAAAGAGAGCAGAAUUCCCAUCUCGUUUGGUUCAGCUCAGCCAGGCAGCCCAGCGGCGUGCUCUGUGGGUAAUGGGCUGAGACAGAACUGCACUGUUACUCCCCCUCCAAGACGGCACAACUUGGGAAAAGUGUCUCGGUCCGUGUGUGAGGAAAGAACACCCACGCCUCUUGAGAAAGAGGACAAUCAGAAGUCUGACAUCAGGACCCAGAUCGCUAAGAUUGAACAGUUCCUCUCUUCUGAAGUUAUUAAACCGCAGAAAAGACGUAGAGUAGAUGAGAUUGAACUUUAAAAGCUACCGGGCUGUUAUAGAGCUUGAAUGUGACUGUUUUGCUUAAGUUUGUGUCACAUUUAACAAAAAAGUGUAUUGUUUAAGACUUUUGUUAGAUAUAUCAGAACUAUCUCAAUCUGAUCGCUUAAUUUUUUAAAAAUUCUGUUCCUUCUUUAUGUGAAACAUGGCCCAAAUGCAUUUUAGUCCUUGCUCCAUGCUUUACCCUACUGAUAAACAAGGUAAGCUGCUUCACAUAAAACAUGUUCAUUACAGUUUUAAAGCCAAUUAACACUAAUUACUCCCGAGAUGGUCUGUCUUUUCCUCUGAGGACAUUUAAUUUGCCAAAUACAAACUGCUGCCAACAAUAACUUGUGUUAAUUAAAACAUUUGAGUAACAGGAAUCAAUUAAUGCACAUUAACCCAAAUUAGCAAAUGCAAAUGAUUCUCUCAUUAAGUUUAUGUUCUCAAUAAGGAGGUUGUUUAGAACAUAUGGGCACAUGUUAGGGCGAUACAGAUGACAAAAUGUGUUGCCGCUGCUGCUCAAGUAGAGAGUUUAUGUUGUAGAACAAUCAGCAGAUGUUAAUGAGCUUUUCCAUCCACCUGAAAAUCUGCCAAACUAAAAUCUAACGUCAUAUUUGUACUUGAUGUAUUUGUAUUUGAUUUUCUUUCGGUCUUAUUUGGGAUGUAUGUGUGUUCGUGUGUGUAUUUGUUAUUCCCAUAUAUUCUACAGAGCUGAAGCUGAUGCAUGCAUUUCAUUCUGUUUUAUUGUUAGAUAAAUCACAGUUCAUUUUUAAAAUUAAAGUAGUUUAAAGGGCUUAACAAAAAUCAUUCUCCUUAGAAGAAAUAAAACCACACUGCAGAAAGAAAAUGUGCACCUCCUGAGGAUGGCACAAGGUCCCUCUCAGAUCUGGCUUAAUACACUUACUCAUUAUUAAUAUGUCAAAAUGUUAAUGUCCUCAUAAAGAAAUCUGAUGUGUUUUGAGUGUCUGUGCCAGCAGUGCUGACCCUUAUCCUUAAAGGGAGUAGGCAAUAUGGAAAGCGCAAUUUUAAUACACAAUCUGGAAUAUGAAGUGGCGGUCCUUUGAAACAGUCAAUUACACUUGAGCGCGGGAGGGACCCUGGUGUUAAUUACUAGUCGGUUUUAUGUAGAGUGUAAAUAAAGAGCUUGCUGACAUUCACAUUCCAUCACUAUGUCCUGACUGCCACAGCAAAUUAGCCUGGCCCCUAUGGGCUCCACUGGACCCUGAGCGUUCAUUUAACACUAGAAUAACACUCACUAACACUCACCGCAAACAAGGGAGCAGAGGGCUGCACAGGCUGGGCUAGCAGAGAUGCUGAUUAGAUUCACAUUGAGAUCUUUAAAGACACUUUUCUUGGCUAUUAAGAAAAAUAUUCGGGUAUUGUUUAAAAGUAGUUAAUUAUGGAGAAGCUGGUUGUAAGCAAUUCAUUUUAACCUACAGUCAUAUUUGAAUGACUUACAUAAACAAUAUUAACAUCAGAUAAGAUUUAAGAAUUUUUUAUUCAAAAUUGGUUAAGAAUUUUAGCACGUAAUCCUAAAGCAACAUAUGUCAAAUAGCUGUGAGUCCGCAGCAGGGUUUUAAUAGAACGCCCAAACUAUUGCUUUAGAUACUAAGCAAUUGUUAACUACCUUUAUGUUUUUUUUCUUGCCAAAAGAUCCCCCCUCCAUCUUUCUACAUGGAGGAGGACACACUAGUGUUGUGAAUCACCUCUGCUUUAGCCUUCUCAUCUUACCUCUCACUGAGAGAGAAGAUAAUCCCUGCCUGCCCAGUAUUGUCAAAGGUCACCACAGUUUAAAGUUCACCAUCCACAUCAUUUAUAUGGCCCUAAAUUAGCCCCAACCUGUGGUUCUGACUCUCUCUUUCUCUCUCUCUCUCUCUCUCUCUCUCUCGCUAUCUCACUUUUAACUGACUAUUCAUCAAAUCAUUGCUCUGCACAUCCUUGCAGCAGGAAACAUGAACAAUGCUCAGUGGACAAUGCUUUUGAUUGAAUUAUGCUCCUCAAGGACCACCGUGGGAGCGCCAUACGUUUCUAAUUCUGCAAAGGUUAGGAGCGAUCACAUGAGUACACAUUACUCCCCCGUACAUCUAUAUAUCUGUGAGCGGCACAGUGCGCUCCAUAAAGGAUGAACCAUUUCAGCUGUUACUGAAAAGUAGUGGACCCCAAAACCCAGUCUUAACCCGCAUGCUGUCCUGCAUUAUCCAUGUCCCUGCUGACGUGUUGGGCCGUAAGUCUCGCACAGUGGGACAUCUAGCUGGAUGAUGGAGAGCGCUAGUGCACUCCAGGGGAGCUUGUAAAACUGCCGUGCCCCUGAUUUCCACUCUGAGCCCGGCCUCCACCUCAACGCACUCUCCAUUCUCGGCUUUCCCUAAAUCAUGGAGCGGGGAUGACAUGUUGCGAUCCAUUAAGCAACAAAUGUAUUUUGUUACUAACUUUUACAGGGUCAGAGAGAUGGUCGGGGUCUUGCUGUUUUAAAGUAAUGCACUGUGGAGCACUGAAUCAGUGUCCGCUAAUGAAGAGUAGGUGGCCUGUUCAAUUACAGGGGAAAAGAUAGGGUCCUUUUUUUUUUUUUUUUUUUUUUUUAAACCAAAUUGCUGUUUCUUUCUCAUAUAGUCAUAACCAGUCAUGAAAGUGAAAUAUGAUAAGAGGAUUUUCUGAAGAGAGAUAUCUUAGCCAUCUUUAUGCCUCUUAAUCACUUAUCAUUCAAAUGUUGAUUUUUUUAAAAAUUUAAUUAAAGGAGUUAUAUUAAGGUAAACUUUCCAUUGGUUACCUAUAUUAUUUCUUUGUUUAUUUGUUAUGACAUCUUUUUUUUUUUAUCUUAAUCUACUAAAAUUCUGGAAAGCAGCUAAGUAUUGCUGUUUGAGCUCUCUUUGUCGGCAAUUACUCAUGAGUGAAACUUGCUGUUGUUUUUAUCAACGUUGUUUUUGAUAGUUCUGCGACGUGUGUGUGUGUGUGUGUGUGUGUGUGUGUGUGUGUGUGUGUGUGUGUGUUUGCUUGUGUGUAUGUAUGUGUGUUAGUCAGAGGGAAUGAGAUAGAUAUUGAGGCCACUACACAAGGCCCCAAUGACAUGCACCAUUAAUCUCACCCAGCUACCCUUAACUGCUUCUCAGCUAUUCAGAGAACAUCUCAAUUGUUUUAUUGAACUUUAUCUAUCUCUCUCUUUUUCAUCUUUAUCUUCUAGUGUUUUUUAAAAACACAUUUUUGUUCAUGCUCCAAAAUAAUUGCCUUCAACAGUUGUCUUAGUGGGCAGUUAAUAGGAACAUGUCCUUCACAAGUUAAUUGAGAAUAUCUUUGUAAUUCUGGAAGCUGGAAACAAAAUGGUGCUUCCUUCAUCAUUUGACUGAUGGAGAUGGUGCUAAUUUCCUCUGCUUGUUGCAUUUUCUCAUGCCAUCUCACUUUUCUGUAAUAUAUACUUCGAAAAGAUCCACGUCUGAGUAAGUCUCCGGUAUGCUAGAGAUUAAACUCCAGAUCUUGAGGCUCCGAGGCUGUUUUUAUGGGACACUUUUCCUGAAGAAUUCAUCACAGAGUGUCUGCUGCCAUUGAGCAGGUGCCUUCCAUCAGGAUUUCAGUGUGACUCACAAAGCCACAUGAAAACUCAUACUUGCUCCAUUGGCUCGUGUGCCGCUGAGUUGUCUGAUGUAGUCUGAGUGUCACUUUCUUCUCCCUGCUUACUCAAAUAAUAAGAGCUGAUCUUCCUUAUUAUAAAUUUUAAUAUACGUCCUACGGUGUUGGUUUCGCUUUCAUUUAUUGAUUUUUUCCCAUAGAAAUACCAAGUUCUGUUGUCAUAGUUGCCAUAUAAAUAUGUGUGUGUGUGGAAUUUUGUGUGUAAAUCAACUUCUGAGAUUUUGAACGGGUAUGUGUAUUUAUCCCUUACUACCAGAUUAACGACCAACAGUGCACCCUUUAAUGACCUGUCAGAUUGCAAGAAAAAUGAGGUCAGAGGUCAUCAGAUUGAAAUCAGUUCCAUUCCUGGCUUCAUGGUGCCAGUGCCUACAUUUUUCCAUCUCUCUUUAGCGAUAACAAAAUGAUUGAGUUUUCCUAUGUGGUUUAUUUCGGUUGCAAUUCAAAUCAAGUUUUAAAUCAAUUUACAACUUCCUGGUAAUCUGAAAGAGAUACUGCACAAUAUUAUUACAAAGACUUUUCCCUCUCACAUUCAUUUUGACUGAAAAAUGACCAAAAUACUGCAAAAUCUCUUCACUAUAGAACAUACACUGAACAGAAUUAUUCAGAUGAGACGAGAUGAAAAGUAAAUCUCUAUUAAGUGAUCACACAAUCAUCCGUUACAGUUACGUCAUUAAUUAUCAGACAAGGAAUGUGCAGGCCUUUUCAUCUUAAUCUAGAGACCAAGCCGGGCCAAGACACAGCAGGAAUUCAGAGAUGAUUUAGCUGCCUUUGACUUAAUCAGUCUUAGGUGCAUUACAAUGGCAGUGCACAUUGAUGGAUCACUUUCUAGUCACUGAGUGGUGUUUAUAUAGUGCACUUUCACUGACUGUCUCACCACGCUCCUUGGCUGAAAGAAAACGAUAGUGACGCUUCAAGGGCCAAGAGGUCUCGUUUAAAGCCGGCCCUGGUGUGUUGGUUAUUUUAUAUAUCUGAACAGAUGUAUGUAUAUAUCAUUUGAACAGUUAAUCACUUGUAGACCCUAAAACAAACCAAAUUCGUUAGCUUCUAGAUGUAAUUAAAUGUGACUGCAGGGAUGGGCUUUUGACUUGGAGAAGUUCUUUUGGUCUUGUUUUGUAUAAAUGAUGCAAUUACAGUACUUCAGCAACAUGGACCUAACCGAACAGCCAUUAAACUUGGGAUAAUGUUGUCAGAAUACAUCUUUGAAUGUUAUUUAGUGAUACAAUAUACACUGUAGUCUAACAUAGUCUAGCCCUUCAACUCUUUUUACUUGAAAUUUGUUCUUUUUCCUACAAACUGCACUACAGCAGUACCCGGUAUAUGCUGAGUAACAUUUAGCUUUUUACAGGAUCACAAAUCUCCAAUUGGUUACUGACUGGUUACUGUUGAGUACUACAUCAACAUGAAGCUAACCACACAUCCAUUAAAGCCUGCUCUCUGUCAGUAAACUAAUGCAGCCAUAUUGCUGUUUCUACAGUUUCUGAUUGAGGUCUUUAAAGUAGUUUAUAAUGAUAUCCUCCAGUCCUGUCUUCCUUGUGGAAAGCCCCUCGUGAGCUGACCAGCCGGUGAACCCAGACACCGCCAGAGACAUCACUUUUCAAGUAACUGUACUCUUGUUAGUUUUGUUGCCAAAUGAUCUGGCAAGACAUGCCUUUAUAAACUUCCCAGCACUAAAAUGUCUCUAUUAGCACUUUUAACUGCUGAGCUUUAAAGAUGGUGUCAAGUGUUAAGAACACGAUGACGUGAAGGAACAAAAUGUCUCUUUGAAUACAGCUGAAACGUCAGUGAUGUGGCGUGGCAUACCACAAUAACACUUCCAGCACACUCACCUGACACUGUGGUAUCGUUAGUUGAGUCAUUGUUCUGAAAAAACAUCAAGCCUUAUGUCGUACACUGCUGUGACCUCUUGUCCUUGUUGCUGAUAUUCUCAGUUUAAACACUGUAACCUUUUUUUGCCUUUUUAUCAAAGCAACCCGUGCUCUGCAUUUAUUAUUUCCAGAUUUUGAUCCCGCCGCUCUGUUCAGGCCUGACAUGUAGCUCAGCUCAGUCGUGGAGUUCAGCUCUCAGGAUCUGGCAGGAGAUAAGCACUUUGUAGUGAUUUACAGGCCUGGUAUUUGAUUCCUACUAAACCGAUGCUGCAGCAUUCGAACACCGAGAUACUAUCUUUGAAGAAAUGUCCUGACCAAACAUAAUUUCUGCUCUCUCCUGGAGCCUGGCCAGGCCCUCGAAAGUUUUUCCUCCUCAUAAACUCAAGUGGAGACUGAAAAAUUUCAUCUCCCAAGAUUGAUAGUGUGUGCUUAGGAUAUAGAAGUCUCAGUUUUUAUUAUACAAGGACUCUAUUCCUCUAAGUGUUCCAUUGUGUGCUAUUUGUAGAACAAAGUAUAUGAAGCUUUCACUGCGCACACAGAGUCCAA